AUGGCAAACAAACAUCGAGCUAAUACCAAGAUUGGGCACAUUAACGCAAAGAUUGCUGACUUUAAAUUCUUUGCAGUUAGAAGUUGGCUAAUGUCUGGAUGGUUUGACAUACUCCUCAUAACAGAGACGAAAAUAGAUGCUACCUUUAGCAAUAGUCAGUUUAAUGUGGAAGGAUUUCGUAUGUAUCGUGUCGAUAGAAAUGCUCAUGGUGGUGGGCUAAUGAUCUUCAUAAGGAAUGACAUCUGUUUUCGUGUCGUUACACGUUUCAAUGUAGACAUGUCAAGUUUUCGCACUGAAUCCAUGUUAUUGAAAGUCAAAAUAAAUAAAUCUUGGUUUGCUAUCGUUGGCAUCUACAGACCUCCUAACAUCCCAAAAGUCAGUGGAAACGUGAACUUAGUGCUGUUUUUGAAGAUGUAA